AUGACCAAGCCCCAGUUCCUUGUUGACCUCGAGCGUGACGGUUUUGUCGUCGUCCCCAAUGUCAUUCCUGAGGACGCCUGCAAGGAGUUUCAAGAGGAGGCCCUCACCUGGCUCGAGAAGUUCCCCAAUGGGUUCAAGCGCGACGACCGCUCCACAUGGACUUCUGAACAUCUGCCCUAUGGUGUGACUGGUGGUCUCUACAACCGCUACUCCGUCAACCACGAGGACUUUGUUUGGAAGAUCCGCGCACAGCCAAAGAUCCUCGAAGUCUUUGAGCAGAUCUGGAACACGGACGACCUCAUCGCCUCGUUCGAUGGCAUGAACACUUCGCUGCCGAUCAACAAGGAGACUGGAAGGACAGACAUUGAGCCGACCCAGGCAUGGCCUCACAUGGACCAGAACCCCCGCCAGGUCGACCACUUCCAGCUGUACCAGGGCAUUGCCAACAUGGCCCCCAACGGACCGCAAGACGGCGGCCUCUGCGUCCUCAAGGGGUCGCACUUGUUGCACCAGGAGCAAUUCGACUCUAUUGGCGGCUUCAGGCCUGAGCAGGACGCCGGUGUCAAUGAGAACAGCUACAAGUACAAGCCGGAGGACUUUGACUGGUUUGUCAAGAAGGGCUGCGAGUCGGUCAAGGUUUGCGCCAACGAGGGUGAUCUUAUCUUGUGGGACUCGCGCACGAUCCAUUGGAACGCCUCGCCUGUCGGUACCCAGACUCGCUUUGCUUCCUACGUCUGCUACUGCCCUCGCUCUCUCAUGAGCGAGAAGGACCUGCAAACCAAGGUCGACGUCUUCAACAAGCGCAAGGGAACGACCCACUGGCCGCAGCAGAACCGCAUCCCCGUCGAAAGGCAGAACUACCCUGAAGCCAAGGCCAGGCGUCCCGACGGUUCUCUUGACCCCAAUGACCGCGACCGUCCGUUCGUGGAGCCCAAGGAGACUCCAGAGGUUCUCCGCCUUGUUGGUAUUAGGGCGUAA